CCAACACCCGUUUCCCCUACUUACUGGUAUUGACCCCAUAUUACCGUGAGCGGCAAUCCGUACGCACAUCGAUAUGGCUGAAAACCGUGGAUACAAGACCAGAGGUCAUACCAGUGCCAAAAACAUACUGGUCAUUUGUGCUGCAGCACUCGCCAGCUUCAACUAUGGCUAUUCCAACAAUGUCAUCGCUGGGUCAUUCGCUCAGACCACCUUCCUUGCCAAAUUCUUGAGCGGUACGAACGCUUCCUCGAUCACUGACGCCAUCAUCUCUGGGUUCUUUGGCUUCGCUCUCAUCGGCGCGUUCCUUCAAUCAUGGAUCGCACAGAAAUGGGGUCGAAAGAGCUCCACAGCCGUCGCCGCAUGCUUCCUCAUGAUCGGAAACGCUCUCCAAGCAGGAGCUGUACACAUUGCCAUGUUCCUGGUUGGCCGCUACCUAGCUGGUUGCGGCGCCGGAAUGGUCAUAAGCAACACACCUGUGUAUCUAAGUGAGAUAGCCCCAGCGCACAGCCGUGGUCUGCUGGUCGGUCUCCAAGGCAACUUCAUUGUGUUCGGAUACAUCCUCUCCUCAUGCGCUGCCUUGGGCUUUCACUUCGUUGAUGCAAGCUAUCAGUGGCGACUCAACUUCAUCAUAGCUACUGCGGUUGCGGUCGCGCUUCUUUUAUCUUUGAUCACUCUCCCCGAGUCUCCGAGAUGGCUUGUGGAGCACGGCCGGCCUGAAGAGGCCCGCAAAAUCCUCGACAGCAUUCACAUCACACGGGAUGAUCCUGAGGGUAAAAUGGCUCACGCCGAAUACCAUCAAAUUGUGGCACAAGUGGAAAUUGACCGGUCCAUGCCCAGCGACUGGCUGCAUAUCAUCAAAGUUCCGUCUUUGAGAAAGCGCAUGAUUUGCACUCUUCUGGUGUGGUCCAUGGGUCAGUCGACUGGUAUUACCGUCCUCGCCAACCUAACCCCAGUUCUUUUCGGGGAUCUUGGCUAUUCAACUGUGUUGCAGCUCGUCCUCAGCCUGGUAUGGACCGUUUGCUUGUUUAUCGGCUGCUUUUUCAACAUUUACCUCAUUGACCGUAUCGGGCGGGUUCCACUUAUUGUUGGUGGUGGGUUCGGCAUGGCUAUCUUGCUGGCCGUGGAAGCUGCUCUCCAAGCAGAAUUCCUUGAUGGGUCCAGUCUUGCGGGCACAAAAGCUGCCGUCGCCAUCUACUUCAUUAUUGCCUGGUUCUACACAUGCACUUUGGAAUGUACGGGCUAUGUCUACGGUUGCGAGAUUUGGCCCACGCACUUGCGUAGCAAAGGUGCCGCCAUUUCUUACUGUGGGUUCUACAUUUGUUCGAUUUGGGCUUCGGCGCCAGCAGCUCAAGCCUUUGCGUCGAUCGGAUGGAAGUACUACAUGGUCUUCGUCGCUGUUACCGUUGCGCUGACCAUACCAUGCAUGUUCUACCUGCCAGAAACUGCAGGGCUCUCCUUGGAAGACCUGGGUGCCAAAUUUGGCGAUGCCGUGGCCUUGGACUUCGAGCAGGCCAUGGAGGAAGAACUGAAAGGUGCAGGCGUGAUGCACGCCGAAAGGGACGUUGCUGAGAUCGAUGAUGCAGGCAGACGCCCUUGAACAGCUUUCGCUCUACUGUAUAACUGUAGUCGAGGUGAGAGCUCUAUCGAUGGAGGUAUGAGAGAAGAUAU